AGAUCAAACUAGAGAAGGAAGAUUGACAAAAGUUUUGGAGAGAUUCAAGAUAAGGAAAAGACCAAAAGAUGAUAACUUUGACAUGCGAACACGAAUGCAAUAUGAUAUUGCUAUUAAAGAAGGAGAAGAAGAAGAUAAGACAAUCCGAGUUAUGAUUAUAGGAUGUUACGGUCAAGGAAAAACUACUUUGGCAAGAAGAUUAUUAUCUAAAGGAAUUGGAAACAUAGAAAGUACCAACGGCAUCGACAUCUUUAAUGUUUCGUGCUCAGUACAUGAAAAUAAAUGGAAAGAAAGUCCUCAUGCUGAUGAUACAAUUUAUCAAAGUAUGCAAAGACUGGCGAAUAUUCAAAUUCCAGAAAGUAAGAAAGAAACUGCCCGUAACGAGAAAUCCACACGCCAAAUGGAUAAUACUGAUGAAGAAGGGAAAGGUACACAAAAUUACUUGACAGUUGAAUCAAAAAAUACUGAAAUGAGAGACAAAAACACAUAUUUUGACGCCUUUAAGAAGAUGAAAAAAAAAGAAAAAUCAAAAGACACAGAUCAAUACAAGUUAUCAUUAUGGGAUUUUGGAGGUCAAUACAUAUUCUACGCUACUCAUCAGUUAUUUCACAGUAAGCAUGCUAUCUACUUACUUGUGUUUGACCUAACAAGAGAGUUGCAUACACCAGUAACAGACGAAGACUAUCCUGGCGGGACAAAUCAUAUGAGGUCAAUGGAAAAUUACAUUGAGUUUUGGAUUUCAUCUGUUCAUUCGUAUGUCGGAACAAAAGAUGGUUCUAAGCCAAACAUUAUUUUGGUGGGAACACACUUUGACAAACUUGGAGAUAAAAACAAAGCCGAUAAAUACUUUGAAGAUGUCAGGAAACUUUUUGAUGGACGCAAAAUGGGAUCUCAUAUUCAUCAUGAAACUUUUGCUAUUUCAGGAACUGAUAAGAAUGAUCAAGAGGUUGUUCGUCUCAAAAAGACCAUUUUAGAAAUAGGAAUGAAAGAUAGGCCAUUGUUACCAGCCCGUUGGAUUCCUUUAGAAUUUGAGCUUAGGAAAAGACAAGAAGAGAGCAUUGUGAAGUAUCAAGAUAUAGUCCAAAUGAACGAUAAAGAUUUAGAACACCCAAUUCCCUCCAAAGAACUGAAGUCAUUUCUGAAAUUCCAUCAUGCAAAUGGAACAUUUAUUUACUUUGACGAGGGUGUACUAGCAGAUUACGUCGUUGUUAAUCCAAGUUUUCUUGUGAAUGCCUUCAAAUGCAUCAUCACAUCCAGAAAAUUUUGCAGGAAAGAUAAAUCUUUGAGAUCUUUAUGGAAUGAAUUGGAGUCACGUGCUAUAUUAAAACAAGAGCUUUUGUUUGAAGUUUGGAAAAAUGACAAGAGCAGCCAAUUCAUAAAGUACAAAGAUGCCCUUGUUGCAUUUUUGAAGAAGCAUGGGAUCAUAUCUGCAGCGUUAAGGUUUGAUGAAGAAUCUGGAAAAAAUAUUUCUCUAGAUUACUACAUAGUACCAAGCUUCCUGAAAGAACCCGACAAUGGUGAAAUAAAACAAUUUCUUGAAAACCGAAGUCAUACUUCAGUCUCCCUUGUGUACACUUUUGACAACGAAGCAGUUGUUUCCACAGUUUAUCAAAGACUUACAGGAGCAGCAGUUGGAACAUGGCCGGUUGUAGAAUUUCAGAGUUGUAGAUUUCUAUUUGAAAAUGCAAGCGUGUUUAGGAUAAAUUUGAGCUAUGCUGGGAAAUUUGUUCGUCUUAGAAACACCAUAGAGCUGCUCAUCCUACACAUGUGUAAAGGUGGUAAAAUAUCUGCUGUAAUGCCAGAUUUUUUACGACGAUUUGCAGAAAAUGUUUUCAGGGUUGAAUUCAAAAAGCUGCAGAAUAUUGAAGACAGCCAAGAAGUUAUACCAUAUACAAUUUCGUUCAGAUGUCAACACAGUUUGCACAAACAUGAGGGAAGUAAAAAAACGUAUGGACUUGAAAUGUUGAAAGAGUGUAAAGAAAAAACAGUGUGCUGUCCAGAUAGUAUUGUACAUGAGAAUAUUGACAUUGACAAAAUAGUUCAUGAAUGGUUUACGUAUGGGAUGAUUGAUAAAAAGAUACCAGACCGUAGAUUAUUUGACAGAGAACUAGUUGAACUGACACAAGCAAUCGGUUCAGAAUGGGAAUUGCUUGGGAAUUAUCUAGGAGUAAAUCGUAUUGCUCUUCAACAUAUCAAGUCGAACAAUGAUACAACAGCUAUGAUGAUACUGGAAAUGUUACGAAGGUGGGAUCAGGACAAAAUGGAGGCGGCUACAUUAAAUGAAUUGGUUACAGCAAUAAACAGGCUACCGCAUGAAUCUGUAGACAUAGAUGUAGUCAAAAAUGUGAUUGAUGGUAUCUACCACCUGUAAGAUGAACUGAAACAGGUAUCUUGUUUACACUGCAACAGAAAUUAUAUUAGUCACAAUCAAAUAAAUUUAAGUCUUUUUAAGUCUUGCAUGAAUGACUUAUCGAGAAAACUUUCUAGUUUUGGGAAGCAUAUAUACAUGCAUCUUUCCCUGCUAAGACUUACUAAUCAUAUUAUGUUUUUAUAAAGUUGAAAAUUGAUGAAGUGUCUCUGAAAUCUGAAAUAUUUUUACCUCUUGUUUAAUGAUAAAAUUGACAUUGCAGCAGUAUUAAAAACAGUGAAUGGAAUCUUAAAGAAAUCGCAAUGGUGAGAUUGGUGAUUUGACUAGAU